AUGGGAUCCCCUUACAGAUUAUCGAGAUUCAUCCCGCAAAGGGGUACUCCUCAUCGCCUGUCCACCAGAUCUCUAUCAUUUCUCCUUCUCUUUACCCUUUUCUCCUCUCCAAUCAACGCCGAUCAGAACUCAUUGGACACAGUGGCCCCAGAGUAUGAAGGAGAUGAUGCUCAAUUGCCGAUCAGCAACCAUUCCCCUGUGCUACAGGUGUCUGCUUCUGAAGGUUACUUAGCCGAGACAGCUGAGAUGGGGACAACGGUGAGAGUGGCGCCUUCAAUGCACUCAGAUUCCCUCCAAAUAUUAGUGCACGAUGAAGAUUUGAAACCGGGAAUGCCCCCAGCCACCUAUCAAUACAUUUUGACGGGACUCGGGGCCACGAUUUUCGCGGUCGACCAACGAGGAUAUGUUUAUCUGAAUGUACCCGAGAUUGACGCCGAUCCACCAAAUCCGAGCACGUAUCAGCUCAAUAUACAAGCUCGAGAAGUAGGCACUCAUCCGAUUCGCUCAAGUUCCCCCGUCACUCUCACCAUUCACAUCAUGGAUGUCAACGAUAAUUCUCCGGUUUUUGAGCAGCCAAUUUAUACGGCAAAUGUGACAGCGAAUGGAGCAGAGAGAGCACUUAUAAAGAUCUUGGCCACCGACAUCGAUGCUGGGAAAUUCGGCGAUGUCACCUACAAAAUUACACAGGUGACGAACAACGCGGAUUCAAAUUUUCGCUACGAUUCCGAGACGAACAUGUUGAUGGCCGAUGGACAGCUGAUACCUGGCGAGAGAUAUCAGGUGGUAAUCGAGGCGAAAGACGGUGGUGGCCGAGCAUCGCAGGCGAUCGUCAUCGUUUUGGCCACCGAUGAGAACACCGUCUACACAUCGGCACCGUUACCCGGAAUGGAAACCUUCACAAUGCCGCCCUCGUACGCGAUUACCACCGCGCAAAAGAUUCCAAAUUACCAGAGUGCUCACAAUAAUGACGAGGAAACGAUUCAAACUUUCGUCACCGAAGUCACCGAGAAUACCCCGCCGAACACGGUCGUCGUUUCGCUCGGGGAUGACACGAGCAAUCGCCUCGUCUACUAUAACAUUGUGGGCGGGAAUGAGGAGGGGAAAUUCCGAAUUGAUCCAUCAAGUGGCACCAUCUCGACUCUCGAGGAAUUCGAUCGCGAGCGAACGGCCAUGUAUUCUCUCCAAAUCGAGACACGGGGAAGAGCGCCCGAUCAACAUCUUUAUUGGACACUCGUGCAAAUUUCUGUUCUUGAUGUCAACGAUAACUCUCCGCAUUUUGUCGGCCCUCAACCGUUCCGUUUGAGGCUUUCGAUCGAUGAGCUGGACGAGCUGAAUCCGAAUAUCCUCAUUGGAAAAAUUUCUGUCGAAGAUCCGGAUGAGAACGACAAUGGAAGACUCGCGUUGAGCAUUCAGCCACCAAUGGAUCGUUUAUUCAAAAUCUCGAACGAUGGCCUUAUUUCGGUGAAUGGUGAUUUCACGGCUGAGCAUUUUGGAGAGCACAAGCUGUUCAUUGUGGCUCGUGAUCACGGGGAUCCGGUGAAAGAGGCGAAAGCCGAAGCGGCUGUUUCGAUAUUUGGCACAUUGAUCACUGUGGCCACGCAAACGUCACACACUACCAACGAGGUGGAGGAGUAUGAAGUGGACGGUGGAAUGACUGGUGCAAGUGUGAAAAGUGGUGGAGUGACGGUGCCAUUUAGUCGACAAACAACGGAAAACCCCGCGCAAACGGAAGAAUAUGAAGAGGAUGGUGAGGAGAUCGAACAAAAUGGAGUUCACAGCACUCAAACCACUGGAGUGUCAUCGAAAAAGACUGGAGUGACGAUAACAACAAUCGGAUCGAGCACCGAAUACAGUAUGGAAACGGUGAACGGGGAAACACUUGCAAAUACACCAUCAACUUCACAAACCACGCAAUCGCAAACCCUGCACACGUGGAAAACCCUUGGCCCAUCGACGUGGAUAACGAAGAAACCGAACGAUGGGCACACCGCACCCACACGAGCAUCCACUACAAGGCAACCAUAUUCACAAAAUGCUUCCUUCAACUCUUUCCCACCCGUUCGCCCGUUACCCUCUCCAUCAACAAAACCACCAUCAAGACUGGCUCCCGUUUUCGAUCCACCUGCCAUCACAGUAACUGUCGAUGAGAACGAGGGACAGACUGAGAUUGCUAAAGUCUCAGCUCAUUACAUCGAUGGACGCGCUGGAUCGAUCACCUAUGUCAUGCAGAAAGGCGAUUCAUCGUUGUUCAGCGUGAGCUCUUUCUCGGGCUCCGUGCAAUUGUUGAGGGCUUUGGACGCGGAAACCGAUGCGCAAUACAUUAUACAGAUUGGAACGGUUGAGUCCUCAUCUCUGGCCAUCGAUCCAACCCUUCCACACACUGUCUCCAUCACGAUAAAUGUAGCCGAUGUGAAUGAUUGGAUUCCGAACUUUGAGUCCUCUCACUACGAGUUCGCCGUUCAAGAGGAUACCCUACCGGGAACGAUUGUUGGACAAGUGCAUGCCUUUGAUCAAGACAGAGAUGAACCCAACAACCGACUCCGUUAUCGUCUUCACUCAGCCGGCGGACUUGAGCAAUAUUUCUCGGUGAACGAGCACAAUGGAUUGGUUACAUUAGCAAGGCCAGUUGACGCGUUCGCUGAUGAGAAGAUUACGCUGAAAAUCGAGGCUUCAGAUGAGGGUGAACCGGCGCAAACCUCGAUGACAAACGUUGUUGUAUCGGUCGAAUCCACGCAAUCAUCGGUGAUCCCCGACACGCACACUUUCCUCAAUAAACCAAAAGACGGGCAAAUUCAGUUCUCACUUCGGAAUUACACCUCAUCGGUCUCCGAAUCAGUCCGUCCACCCUACUUAGUUCAAGUGCUCUCAGUAACAAAUAAACCGGAGGAUACACGAUUUAUUAUUUGCAAUAUUGCCUCCGGGAAUUAUCGGGGUGCUUUUGGAGUGACUGCUGGGAAUGAUGGGAAUUGCGAGUUGAGGACACAAAUGGAGUUGGAUCGAGAGACUGUCGAGAGAUAUCUGUUAAACGUGACUGUCACAGCCGGCUCUCAAAUGGAUUUCGCGUUGGUGUCCGUAACAGUCCUCGAUACAAACGACAAUGUCCCUCGUUUCCAAUACGAUAAUGAUCUCGGCAUCUCCACUUAUUUUGCCGGUGUUGCCAGUGAUGCUGGAGCUUUCACAAGAGUGCUCACUGUUAAGGCAGAAGAUUCGGAUCUUGGAAACAGCUCGGUUGUUCAAUAUUCAUUGGAUACGCUAGCUGUUCAUCAUAAGUAUUUCAACGUGAGCCAAUAUGGAGAAAUCACCACUCGGCAGAGUAUGCCAGCUAUUCUCCAAAAACAACGCAUCAACUUCUUCGAGAUUCGGGUGUCUGCUUGUGAUUCGCCGAUUUCCGGGCAAAAGCUCUGCUCAAAAGCGGACGUUGUAAUCAAUGUAAUCAGUGAUAAUCAUCGAUUCAAAAUGAUCACUCACGGAUUGAAUCCACAACAAUUAAAGAGCCACGAAAAGGACAUUCUUCGAGCGCUUCGCCAAUUCGCCGGUGCGUGCACGUUGAUCAGCGUUGAGAAAAUGGCUGAACACACGAAUUCGGCUGAUCACCAGCCGCGAACUGAUAUCUAUUUCUAUGCUGUCAAUCCGACUUCAAGAAAGAUUUGCAAAAAACACGAGUUUCGACGUCUAUUUGACCCAACGUCGGUGUCAAUGGUGGCCGGGAAAGUACAGCCGUGGUUCCGAUUGGAAAAAAUCGUCGAGGAUACGCCGAAUGAGGGAAGAAAUCACGGAGGACCACUCGAAGCAAGCUGGAAAGCCGCUGGAUACGUAUUGGUCGGUCUCGCCGCGCUCAUCAUUCUCGGAGCCGCUCUCGCUAUUUGCUGCGUUUGUGUACAUAAUAAUAAAUUCAAGGUGUCUCAACGUGCCAUGCACUCCUAUCCGACACCGUAUGCUCCGCACGCGAAAAUGCCGAUGGGCACAAUGGGCACUAUCUAUUUACCCAAUCCACCGCCACCGAAUAGUAAUGUGGAUAAAAUUUAUGAGACACAGAUGUUGGAGCUUCCGAUGACUGACGAGGAGAUGACGAUAAAAAGUGUCAGUCGAAACAAUACCUCAGCUCAUCACGAUCAACGGAGUAUCAGACAAAUGCCUUACCGGAACUACGGUAACCCGGCCCCGUCGGCAUACGAGGGAGACUUUAGCAUAGAGGAGAACAUGUACGCGAUACAGUCAAAUGUGCCCGGCCGACUCGAUCCCGUAACCAAACGAAUACAAACAUUGGUAAUCCCAACACCCGACUACGAUCGAGCCUCCGAUCGAAAUAAAUCGAUUCUU